GUACCUGCUGGAAUAGAUGCUCUGGCGGCGUACCCGGUACUCAAUAUUCAAUGCUACAUGUUACUCCUUUGAACUGCAGUGCGGAGGGCGCCCGAGGGCAUAUCCCGGUGUGUAUAUUGGUUCCCGUUAUGUACUGACCACACCCGCUGUUCCUCGCACCCGCCACGACGCCUCGGGAACACCUCAAGAAAUUUCCCAAUGGGUUUCUCAAAUUUCCCGGGGACACCUCGGGCGAGGAUACACUGGUGAGCGGAGGGUGCCCGAGAGCAGCUUUCCUGUCAAUAUUACCUCCCGUUAUCAUGCCCGUUGCCCAUCACACACACCGCGACGCCUCGGGAAACCCACUGAAAUGUCCUGACUUGCCGAAGGGGUUUCCCGUUCAAGGUCCCGCCACUCCUUUCGCGCGCGUCGGGGACGCGUCGGGCAGGGAUGGCGCAAGCGCCGGGGAAGCGGAAGGCGCCGGGCCCGUUAGAGUGGUAAGGAUUGGGCGCACAUGGUUUGCCACGCGGCCAACGUGCGCUCCAUGUGGCUUUCUCGUGGCUUUUUCGCGCCACAUUGACCCCGACCUCCCAUUCUUUUAUGAUCCGGGGUGCAUGAACCGACAUCGGAGAUUAUGGAUACGAUACUUCGGGAGACUGGACAUUCCUCGAGGAACACCGAGGAGGACGAGAAUUUGGCUUCUGAUACAAGGAGUGCCCUUGGACUUCCUCUCGGAGUCGAAUAGACGCGUACGAGACCAUACGUACAUGUUGAUAGCACGCUCACAACUGGUAAGAAAGGCAGUCAGAGCACUGGCACGGGCCGCUCACCGGAGUGUUCCCCGAGAGAUCCUCGCCCAUACACACAACUACAUCAAGCAGGAAGUACCAUCAGAACGCCAUCGCCUCGUACUGGCACUUGUUGCCAGUUGACAUGUACCGCAGUAGGCUUAUUGGCAUCAACGAGCACCUCUACGUACCCAUAGCGGGGACACGCGGGUUAACUCUGAUGCGCAAACCGGUGUACACGUUCGACCCGUUGUCCCCAAUCUCCCCGUCACCCUUGCGUGGUCACCGCCGCCGGGCGCACG